AUGGGUAUCUUCAAGCGCAAGGACUCCAAGAAUUCCAUCCAAGCGACGGAAAAGGACGAUCGCGAUUCUUUCGUAUCCGUGAACAGCGCUCGGACUUCCAAUGCGUCCUUGAGAUCUCCCGGCUACAAGGGCAGCGGAUUGCCCUCUUCUAUCCCUGAGCUGGCAAUCGCUGGCCCACCUGAUCCAGCCCUAGAUCCGGCCGCCUACCUGCGUAGCAUCCAUGCUAUCCGACAGAGGUCACACGUUAUUCUCCGAAAAGCGAAGAGGAAUCAGCUUAAUCAUUUCGAUGUCGACAUGACCAAAUUCGCCGAAACGGCGUCCUAUGUGGUUUCCAUCAUAAAGAGAGAUUAUGCGCCCGAUUACUCGUCGAUUCCUCCCCAUGGCCGUUGGCAACAUUUCGACGUGGGCGGAAGACCCCGUGUCAACCAACUGCUUCAGUCGUGGCCUAGCACCAUCGACGCUCAGGAGCGUACCCGACGAUUGAUCGAUCUCUUUGUGGUGUCGGUGCUCCUGGACGCUGGUGCCGGGAACAAAUGGUCAUACAAGUCCAAGGAGUCCGGUAAGAUCUACUCGCGCAGCGAGGGCCUUGCGGUAGCCACGCUGGAGAUGUUCAAGAGUGGGCUUUUUAGCAGCGAUCCAACGGAGCCUUGUCAGGUCGACGGAGCAGGGCUGAAGAAGAUUAACGUUCAGGUGCUGGCCAAGGCAUUCCAGCACUCGGAAUCCAACCCACUGGCAGGCAUUGACGGCCGUGCGGGACUUCUGGUGAGACUCGCGGAUGCAUUAAACCACCAAGAUUUCUUCGGUGUAGAUGCGAGGCCAGGAAACAUGCUUGACUACCUCCUUUCACACCCAUCCACAUUAGCUUCAUCCGUGCCUAUUGUUCCGAUCACGACACUAUGGACGGUUCUCAUGGACGGCUUCGCUUCUAUAUGGCCCCCUUCCCGGACACGAGUUGAUGGCUUGAGCAUUGGCGACGCCUGGCCAUGCUCCGACCUCCCCCGAUCCCCUCCAGCAAACCCCUGGGAAUCCAUCGUCCCAUUCCACAAGCUCACCCAGUGGCUGUGUUAUUCGAUCAUGGUCCCGAUGUCGAAACUGAUGAAGAUCCACUUCGCUGGCAGUGAACUUCUUACUGGACUUCCCGAGUACCGAAAUGGCGGUCUCCUGAUUGAUCUGGGUCUGCUGACUCUCAAGCCGGCUGACCUUGAGCGGGGACUUGCGGCAUACAGAGACAAUGCGCAAAUCAAGGGACAGCCUAGCAUGGAAGUUGUGCCUCUUUUCUCCACUGAUGAUGAUGUGGUGGUAGAAUGGCGAGCACUUACUGUCGGCUUCCUGGAUGACCUCCUGGAGGAGGUCAAUGGACAGCUGGGUCUUCUUGGAGAGGAUCAACUCUCAUUGGCCCAGAUGCUUGAGGCCGGAACAUGGAAGGGUGGUCGCGAAAUCGCCGAAGUCUCAAGGCCAAACACGAAAGAGCCCCCUAUCAUGAUCCGAUCCGACGGCACCGUAUUCUAA